GCCCCCGCGGCUCCUCCCACCCCCGAGGGGCGCGCUCCAGCCUCCAGUGACUGGGGUUCUCCAGCGCCGCCGCCUCGCGCUCGUGUCUGCCGGCCUGAGCGCGCCGAGCACGGCUUUUCUGAGGCCGCAGGGGACAAGGGGCGGUGACCUCUGUGCGCUCCCCAAGUCCCAGUCCCCCGGCCCGCGCCCCGGCCGCCGGCAUGGUGCUGCUGGCCGGGCCCGGGCCGGAGAGCGGCGGGGCGCUCUGCGUGUCUCCGCCACCUCCGUCCCCGCCUCGGGACACGCGGGCCGCGGAAGACCCCGCCGACGACGAGGAGUACGAGGACUUCUCGCGUCUGCCCGACACCGGCAGCUACGCCUCGGACGACUCCUUCUACCCGCCCGUCCGCGAGGAGCGCGGCGCCGGAAGCGCGUGGAGCGCCCGGGAGGGAGUCCCGGAGGACGGCGCGGAGGCGGCGACCCUUCUGCGCGCCGCCAGCGCCAACGACCUGGGGCUGCUGAAGGCGCUGGUGCGGCGGGGGCCGCGGGCCGAGCAGGUGCGGGAGACGGACCCCAACGGCCGGACUGCCCUUAUUGUCGCCUGCUACCACGGCUUUGUGGAUACUGUGGUGGUCUUAGCAGAGUGCCCCCACGUCGACGUCAACUGGCAGGACAGCGAGGGGAACACGGCCCUAAUCACAGCCGCGCAGGCAGGGCACGCCACCAUCACCAACUACUUGUUGAACUAUUUCCCUGGUCUUGACCUUGAAAGGAGGAACGUGUUCGGGUUCACGGCUCUGAUGAAAGCUGCCAUGCAGGGCCGAACGGAGUGCAUCCGAGCCCUGAUGCUAGCAGGGGCAGAUGUCCACGCCAGGGACCCCCGCCGCGGGAUGUCUCCCCAGGAGUGGGCCGCUUACACAGGGCGGGUGGAUGCUGUGCGCCUCAUCCAGAGGCUGCUGGAUCGCCCCUGCCCGGAGCAGUUUGCGGAAAAGUACAAGCCAGAGCUGCCGCUGUCCCCCGAGGCGGUUCUGAAGCCCGCGAAUUCCAAAAACUGCUUGCAGAGGCUCAGUGAGUUUAUGCGGUCCUCGCUGACCUCCCGCUCACGCCAGGGUCUGGAGGAUGGGGGGGUCUUGGACCACAUGGUCAAGAUGACCACUAGCCUCUACAGCCCCGUGGUGGCCAUCGCGUGCCAGACCGUGUGCCCUGAGAACCCGCCCUGUGUGGGGAAAAGGCGGCUGGCGGUGCAGGAAAUCCUGGAAGCUCCUGGGAACCCGGACACCCAUGCCCCGGAGACACACAAGGGGGAGCAGCAGCCCCGGACCUCCCAGGUCGUGGGGGUCUCCAGAGAGGGGGCCCCGAGAGCCAGCGUCCCGUCUCUCCAGCUGCCAGGUGCCCCGCGGAAGGCCAGCCUCCUGCCCCUGCAGCUGCUGAGGCGGAGCAGCGUGCGGCCAGGCGUGGUCAUCCCCAGGGUGCGCAUCAGCAAGGCGCCCGCGCCCACCUUCCAGCCGGAGCGAGCGCCCGCCAAGGGCAGCACCAAGGACAGCGCCCACCUGCAGCUCCCCAAGUGGCGGUACAAGGAGGCCAAGGAGGAAAAGAGGAAGGCGGAAGAGGCGGAGAGGCAGCGGCUGGCUGCGGCGCACAAGGAAAGGCGGGCGGCGCGCUGGAGGAAAAGGACGUGAGGCGAGCGCAGCUGCCGCGACGAGGCGCCGGGAGGCCGCGCGGCUCCGCCCGGGGAGGGGCGCCCCCGCCACCCGCCUCCCGCCCCUGCGCGCCCCUCCGCGCCGCGCGUCCCGCGCCGGGACGGUAUCCCCUGUGGACUCGCAAAGCAGUUCACGUUCAGGCCGCUGAGUUGGGCGCAAAUCGAUUUGCCGAGAACCGGUUCGCCUCGCAAUGAAUACAUCUAGUGGGAAAUUUGCCUGACAGUCUACCUUUAGAACCUCAGUUAAGAAGUUUUUAAGACCGAUUUAUCAAAGGGCAACUUCUGUGUAAUUUUGUAUUUUAAUUAUGCUCAGAUUUGCAGCCUUUUAUCGGUUAUGGGGCUCUUUGUAUUUAAGACACUUUUAAUGCAUUUGUCUGGAGACCCUUUGUUUAAAAUACUGUUUCUAGCAAUAAUUAUUUGUGAUAUCUCUAUGAUUUCAUACAGAAUUUGUGAAAUUCUCUCUUUUCGCAGUUUGCUUUGGGCUUUCCUUCUCAUUGUGGAUGUGCAGAGCCCUGUAUGUGCUUAGUAAUCCGAUUAAGUGAGACCAAAUUUUUUUUCUAAUUGAUGGAGGCAUUUUUACAGCAAAAUGGUCAAGUGAGAUGGAAGAAUCGGAUUUCCUUGUAUCUUAUUUUUUAAGCUCGCCAAUCCGUUCCGUAAUAAUGAAGAAAAACCUUUUGUCAGACUAUGAAACUGCAUAGAGAAGCAUGUAUUUAUUGCUAGAACCAAACUCAUUUUAAGCGAGGGAUUUUAGAUAAGCUGGAUAGAAAAUCUUUAACAUAGUCAAAAACAGAUAUAAGAGGAAACACUAUUUUUAAUAAAAUGGGAGCAAAUAUAAUAAAUUAUUACUAGAAAUACAAAAGUAAGUCCUAUGUGCUCUUCGAUAAAUUGGAUUCAGAUGUCCUUCAAAAUGUAAAGAAGAUGCAAAAAUAAGGAACCCAGAGUGAAAACCACUGAAAUAGAUGGAGGUAAUUUUUAGAGAAACAGGAAUUAGAAUGGACUAUUUAUUAAGCAAACUCUCUUGGGGUGGGCUGGGCAGCUCCCUCCUCCAGAUUCAGUUCCAAAGAUUCUUUGGUGUGGAAUUACUUUCAUUUCUCCUUUGACAACUGCCUGAUGUUCAGUUCAUCUUCACCCUGGCUUUGUAGAAUUUCCACAAUGUGAGGACAUAGGCAGAGCGUGGAUGUGGCUUGCCCUGGGCCCUGAGCUCUCAGCGGGCGUUUUCUGUCCGUACUUCUUAUCUGCAAAGCACUGAGAAAUUCUGAGGACUCUGUGGCCAUGUGGGUUGUAGAGUAUUUGUCAUAUAUGCACUACUGACAGCACUUUAUUUAAAUAUCCAAGUAUCCCACUUGGAAGCUGUAGAUUAGAAAUGUUACAGAUAGAUUUGGAAGCUCUUUAUUGUAACCGUGGAUUUGCAGGUCAAACCCUGCUCCCUGGUUAUGUCCUGACAAGCACCCUGCUGUCUCAUGGUGUGAGCGGGGUGGCCCGGUCACUCCCUAUUCCUUCCCACUCACACCUUCAGGCAUUGAGAACCUGGGGUCUCAUUCUCACCUCUCAAACCUUCAGUGUUGUCUGUUGUGAGAUAGGUGUGAUGAUAAUGCAGUUUUUAAAGUAGGAUUGUACCAAAUUCCUCCCUCAGCCCAGAAAGGCACAAGAAGAAUAGAACAGAGGUCUGGACCCACUUUGAGCACCACUGGUAUUGGUUGGCUGCAGGUCACAGCCAAUAAGUGCCUAAGAGAUGGGAUUGGCCAAACCCCUUGGAUGAGGUGAGGGCUGGUUCCCGAGGUAGAAACACCCUUAGUCUCCUUGAUGGUCCAGUCUGGCAUCCUGAAAGAUCACUUUUGUGUGUAUGUAUUUUUGUUGCUUUGAACGAC